GCACAGUGGUUCCAAACAAGUGCAGCACACGGACUGCACAUGUGCCGCACCAAACGUUUGUUUGUAGGCUCCCAACGAAGGGUAAAUGUCGGCUGCAAAUAUAGCACCACAUAACUUCCUCAUGUCAAAUAUGAAGGCGCGAGGGGUACUUUCGCGCUCGCUACGUAAUAUCUGUGGGGCCUUGGGGCCUUGUGCUACGAAAUUGUUUAAGACGCACUCCCUAACUUUCCGAAAUGCUAAUGGGGACCCGCGGCUAAGUCUGCUACGGCAAGGAAGGGUCCAUCCAUCGUCGCACAUAAGGCCGCUCCGCAGCACCGCGCCCCAGCGUCCUCACUCGGCUUGGACCCCAGUACUCGAUCUCCGAGUAGCACAGGUGGCAAUGAGUGCCAGUGUGGCCAACCCGGCCCAGCAACCCUCUGUCUCUGGCAACGAUUUGCAGCAGGGCAUGAAGGAGCUGAACAUCAAGGAUAAGGACGAUGAGGCGGGGUCAAGCAAGGCGCAGCAGAACGCGGCAACAGCGGAGAUUUUUGAGGGCCGGCUGAUUGAGGGCGACCUCAAGACCGGUGGCCAUGUGCUGUCGGCGUCGUCAGGCACUGGGGCUUCUCGGCAGACGUACAACUACUCAACGGACCGGGUCGUAGGCAACGGGUCCUUUGGUGUGGUCUUCCAAGCGACCUGCCUGGAGACGGGCGAGACGGUUGCCAUCAAGAAGGUGCUGCAGGACAAGCGGUUCAAAAACCGUGAACUGCAAAUCAUGAAGCUGGUAGACCAUCCCAACAUCGUGAAGCUGAAGCACUGCUUCUACUCUCACACCGACAAGGACGAGACUUACCUCCACCUGGUCCUGGAGUUCGUGCCGGACACGGUGUACCGCAUCAGCAAGCACUACGCGAAGAACAACCAGCGGAUGCCCAACCUGUUCGUUAAGCUGUACGCAUACCAGAUGUGCCGCGCGCUCAACUCGAUCCACAAAAUGGGCAUCUGCCACCGCGACAUCAAGCCCCAGAACCUACUGGUGAACACGGAGACGCACCAGCUGAAGCUGUGCGACUUCGGCAGCGCCAAGGUGCUGGUGAAGGGGGAGCCCAACAUCUCGUACAUUUGCUCACGCUACUAUCGCGCGCCGGAGCUCAUCUUUGGCGCAACCGACUACACCAGCGCCAUCGACGUCUGGUCGGUGGGCUGCGUGCUGGCGGAGCUGCUGCUGGGGCAGCCGCUAUUCCCGGGUGAGAGCGGCGUGGACCAGCUGGUGGAGAUCAUCAAGGUGCUGGGCACGCCCACGCGCGAGGAGAUUAACGCAAUGAACCCCAACUACACGGAGUUCAAGUUCCCCCAGAUCAAGGCGCACCCCUGGACGAAGGUGUUCAGCAAGCGGAUGCCGCCGGACGCCGUGGACCUGGUGUCCAAGCUGCUGCAGUACGCGCCCCAGAAGCGCAUGACCGCGGUGCAGGCCAUGACGCACCCCUUCUUCGAUGAGCUGCGGGAUCCGGCCACGCGGCUUCCGAACGGCCGCGCACUACCACCGCUGUUCAAUUGGCUACCGGGCGAGCUGGACGAGGUGCCCGCGGACAUUGUCCGCAAGCUCCAGCCGGUGGCGAAGGCCUCGUAACUGCAGCACCGCGUGGCGCGGACCUGGCGUGCAGCAGUUGGAAGCAUGGAUGAAGAGCAAAUAACGACGACCGAGCACUAGCUAUGAGCAGAAUCACUGCUGACUGGACUGGACGGUGGGGCGAGGGGACUCAGCUUUGGGUGGAACACUCUGGGAGUAGCGCGUAGUUAUGGCAAGAAUGUGCGAAACGGGGUUAGCAAGGCUAGGGGUCAACUGGGCGGGACACUCUACAUAUUAGGGUCUGUGAAGCGGGGAAAGACGGCUCUGGCUGUGGGCGCUGCCAGGCAUUCAUCGGCAAGCGGCCCACUGCAUGUCGGGUGGCCUCGUGUGGGACGGAUUCUGGUAGGUAUGCACAGUGCAUAGCACCGUCCAGCCGCGGCAACGGCAAGGACAUAAACCGCCUUUCAUGCAUGAGGCGCGCGCGUCCUGAACCAAAUGACGAGACCUGAACAUGCACGGCAAACUUGUCAGUGUAUCUGAGGACAGACCGUGUAACGAGUAGUAGAGGAGGUGCGUGUCAGUCUCAGAUGUGGUAGAUGCGCUAUUGCGAGGAAUGGACUAACAGGCCGCCUCAGGGUCAGCAAGGAGCUUCAGAAAGGUUGUGCGGGGGUAAGCGAGUGUUACAAUCGCUGGAGCUGUGUCCUACUGGUGACUUGUGCGGUUUCGUCCAUACUAGGCGAUGGGUUCUGGAGCUUCUUGUUGUGACCAGGGGCACCUCUGGUCGUGACAUGUAGGGGUUGUCGAAGGAAAGCGUAGAAAGCCAGGGGUUUGGGCGUUAUGUUCAACGCGUGUCACCCGCUUACGAACUAACUGAACACGCCAGUACCGAAGUGCUGUUGCAAGCAGCGUCCGCACUCCGCACACCUCAGCAGCGUCCGCAAUCCGGAACGUGUUCAUACCGAGCCGCUACUCCGCUAGUUGCUUGCGAAGGGGUGCGCUCAGCACAGGGGUCGUGCAUGCAUCUGGUGAGCAGCCUUCGCUUGGUAGUCUGCGGCCAGUCUACGCCAGCCCAGCCUCUGACAGCCGUAUACACCAGCUGAGAGCUUUAGGACGCCGGAGUGGCGCAGCUUGGCGCGCGGUUAUCUCGUCAAAGGUAACGUAGCAGUUGUGGUCGCUGCUCAUGCUCACGCUUUUCUUUUGCUUGUGCUAGCUCACUGGCCUCGGCUCUACAACGUCAUGUUCGCUUGUGCGUGUUGCGUUCUUUCAAGCAUAUCAAUAACAGGACA